AUGGUGCGCGGUUGUGCAAUUCUCUCUCAAGCCCUACUUCUAUAUGUUGUUCGUGACACUUGGGGACUUCGGUGCUACGUUGGUGCACUUGGUCAACCAAAAUCGCGGAUAGUCCGAGGAGGAAAGUACUGCGGUGUGGUAUUUGAGUUGCCCUGCGAGGGAAAAGGGUUCUAUGAUCAAUUCAAUGCUGAUUUCGAACAGCCCUUGUGUACUCCAACAGAGCAUGCGCUUGCAUGUUAUUGCAAUACUAAUUUGUGCAACAUGAAUAUUUCUGCGAUCCGUGAAAUUUGGAAGUCAUCACCAGAUUACUCAACUGAAGAAUCAUAUCCUGAAUGUUUUCAGAAUCCUUUCCCAGAAGAUCGUUCUCUCCAGUCUACAACAACAACAACUCAGAGAAUGACCACAACAAAAGAGGGGAAAUUGGGGCCGUUGCUGCCGGACAUGAAAAAAACCAGGAAACCAGGAACAGUUGAAGAUCACACCAAGGACGCUUUCAAAAAAGAUGAAGGCAGUGAAAAAGGAAAAAAUUCAGGACAAAUUCCCAGACUGCAUUGUUCAUGCUUCGUAAUUUUUUACAUGUACAUCGUUUGGUUGCUGUACUUUUGA